UCGUAUAUUGGAAAACCCUAAUAAUUUAUUUAUUUGAAUCUGCAAAAAAAAGUUGCAAUUUUGCAAAUGACUUCGAUCGCAUUAGGGCGGAUGCUGUAUGGGGGCUCAGGAUUCCGUCGCAAGCUUUUAUAUACUUCCCGAACGCUCACAUCAGGAGUCAUAUACACCAUGAUCAACAGUAUCAUGGUCCAGACCCAGACACGAAUCAAGUGUACAGGAAAUCGGACAUCCAUUGAGCUCAAUGAUGAUGAGAGCCGUGAUCGACGUAAACGGGAGGAAGAGGACGAACUAAAGGAAAUGGAGAGUGCAUGGAGGCGUAUGAAAAUUGGUUUUGGCGUCUGUGGUAUAGGGGGCAUUGUCUUUAUAUUUUGGGCUAUUUAUUUUUUUGGCAAGACGGCACUCGAUGAACACGGAAAUGAAGUUAAGGACGAGUACAGCACGUUGCCACUGGUGCAGCAACACGUAGCGCGUACCUUUAAGUCGCUUAAUCAUUUCCAACGGUUUAUUCAGGAACCUUCGAGCCAGAAGUUACUACCAGAUCCACUACAGGCACCUUACGUACAACCUUCCUACACCCUGGUACUCGAGGUUAAGGAUCUACUUAUUCAUCCUGACUGGACGUAUCAGACGGGUUGGCGUUUUAAAAAACGUCCCGGUGUAGAUGUUUUCUUAAGGGAAUGCUCCAAAUAUUUUGAGAUCGUCGUAUAUACAGCCGAGCAAGGAAUGAUGGUAUUUCCACUGCUUGAUGCCCUUGAUCCCAGUGGUUAUAUCAUGUAUCGUCUUGUGCGUGAUUCAACUCAUUUUGUGAACGGUCACCAUGUAAAGAAUCUUGAUAAUUUGAACCGUGAUCUCAAGCGCGUGGUAGUUUUAGACUGGGAUAAGAACUCGACUAAAAUGCACCCGGGUAACACAUUUUCGAUACCACGUUGGUCGGGAAACGACGACGACACAACCUUAUUUGACCUUAUCUCGUUUCUAAGCGUCCUAGGAAGCAGCGAAGUGGAUGACGUGCGCGAGGUUCUUCAGUAUUAUAAUCAGUUUGAGGAGCCUAUUACCAAGUUUCGCGAAAAUCAGCAAAAGCUUUGUGAACAAAUGCAAGCGGACGAGAUUGAGAAGUUAAGUAAGCCGAAGCCUAUGGUCAAAAACUGGUCGCGCGGUUUCAUGAGAUAGAUUGCUUAAAGUUUUACGUUCCCUUUGCAUUGUUGUAAUUUAAGAAAUUGUUUUGAAAAUGAUGUGUAAAGUGUUUAUUUACUUUAAUAGCCUAGAACAAUUCAUUCAGUUGCCAUCUGUUCAUAUCAAGCACUCUAAAUUUCGAAAUUGUUUGUUUAUAUUCUUCAGCAGGCUAUGCACACCCGUUAAUUCGGCUAGUUUCUUAACAGUGCCUGGCUGAAUUUGCAUCAUACUCUCGCGGAGGACACCUUUUACCAAAAUGAUCGAUAACUUUUCCCUUUUAAGCAUUUUUCUUAUCUCCAACUGCAAUUUCUUGAAGUUAACGAUCUGCCGACCUCGCUUUUAGCACCGAAAAUGACAUUUGCACGCAUAAAAUAUAAGCAACACCCAGAUUUCGUGAGCACUAGGACCAAGUAGUAGUGUUCCUUCAUUAGAAGAAAACAUCCAGCGAGAUCAAGAAGUUAACUUAACCCAAUCGUUACCCUUUCUCCCAGAGCUUCCAUUGCUAAAGUCGGACAAGUAAUUCUCACAUUCAAUCAAUUUUAAUGGAC